GUUGUUUUAAUUGCAGUUUUACAGAUGAAUGGUGUCGGUUCCUUCAUGGAAUGCCUCCACAGUCUCUGGUUUGUGUGUUCGUCAUAGUGAUUCAGUAUUGUCUUGCGUAUUCAUUCCAACAACAACACACAUGCUGGUGGGAUCAUUUCAAGUAUGUACGCAAAUGCCGCCCUUCUUGCAAAAAAGGCUACUUCAGCCUUCCAGGAAUGUUAGCAUGUCACCCAUGGUUGAUGUGCAAAGAUUUGUUACAUGUAAACAGUGGGCCUACACUUGGAAGAGGUGCUGUGAAAAUGGUGAUUCUUGGCUCUUGGCGUGGGUACCCAGUUACCAUUAACAAACUGCGAGAGAAAGCUUACAAGGAUGAUUUCUUGCAUGGUCUGGACAUGGUAAAACUAUUCCAGCCAAACCCUAGAGUUAUUCAGUUGGUUGGAUUCUGCAGAUGGAAGAUGAUCUAUUUCACAGAAUACCACCCACGUGGAUCAGCGGAUCAGCUGGAAUUCGUCAUGAAUUUAAAGCAAUUUAGCUCCAACCAAAAUAGCUAUGGCAAUAGUUUUGUCACCAUUCGACAUAUGGACACGUCAAAACCAUACACAACAUUAUUUACUGAAACUGAAGAUGAAGAUACAAGUGUAGUUAAUAAAGAAAAUGAAAAUAGUGUGUGUAGAAGUAGACAACCAUCAUCCUUUUCUGAAUGCUCUGUAUUUGAUUCUCCACGAAUGCAGUGGAUGGAGUUAAUUACAUUAAGUAAACAGUGUCCUUUGAAUAAAAAUCCUAGAAAUCUAUGUAGGAUGAAAACAAUCAGUCAUGAUCAUAUCUCAUUACCUGUAAAUGGUGGAAAGGGAACUUUGCAUUUAAAUGUGGAUAAACAAAUUCAAAACGUCAUUGUAAAGUUGAAACCUUUAUCAAUAAGAUUUCAGUUGUGUUUGGACUACAUUGCCAUUUUAUCCAUCUUACACAAUGGUCCGGCCGGAACUCGCAUCAUGUGUGAUUCUAAUGACAUUCACAAAACUCUGAGUCAGUAUUUAUUAACGGACGACUUGCGACUCACUGUCAAUGAUUUAGAUGCUCUCCCCUACGUGAAUUCUCCUUCUGGAAUCACUGCGAAGUGCGGUCAUCACGAAAUUACUGGGGAUUUUGUGGCCCCAGAACAGUUGUGGCCCUUUGAUGACCAAGAGUUCAUUGAUGAUGAUAUGCCGGGCUAUGACGAGAGGACAGAUAUCUGGAAAAUCCCUCAAGUUUGUGACUCGUUCAUUGGUGACGUUGUGGGUUCAACUACUUUAAAACUCCACUUGUUUAACAUAAAUACGAAAUGUAAGGAUGUUAAUCCCCAGAACAGACCAUCGAGUGAGGAGGUAUUUAAAGAAUAUGAAAAUAUAUGGAGGACAUUUAAACGUUUAAGCUGCAGACCCUAGUUUCAACCUGUGAAAAAUGGACACUAAGUUUAGUUAAUGUGCAAAACUGUAACACAUUUGAAUAAAGUUACAACAGAGUGAAACAAGAGUC